UUUUUUUUACCUCAUUCUCAUUCAGUGAGUAGGCUGGUUUCGUGUGGGCUGUGGAGAUGCAUUUAUAAUGCCCUCUGUUUUUUGUAGUCUUGCCAAUCCAUGUAAAAAAAAACUCUUGCCCCGGCCAUAUAGCCUAGGGUAUAAAAGUCUAGUUAUUGUUAUUUGUCAGUCAAAUCGUGACACGUGGAUUUGACAGUGCGGCUGCUGUCACCAUUUCAUUUCAAUAGUUCUCCCGCUCAUUUGUAACGACGGGAGCUGAAAUUCCAAUCGAUCACGGGCUUAUUUUAUCACCAAAGCCACCCCCCACCCACUUCCACAGAAAGGGGAGACGGGGAGUUUUUUUUAAACUGAGCCAAAUACCGAAGUGGGCAGCACGUGCUGUUCAUAAUACACUCAAGCAACAUCUCCCUCAGGCGUUUUUUAUUUAUUUAGUUUUUUCUUUUCAGUAGCACCAACUUAUUCCGAUUCAUUUUGAUAGACUACACACCGGUUGAUUCGUGCAUUAGUUUACAACAAGAGGAUUCCCCCUCUCAAAAUCGUGCACCAGGACGUCCGGUGGCUGGUGGUGUGGUCGGUUGGUGUGCAGGCAGGCAGGCAGGCAGGGCAGGAUAGGCUCCAGGCUGACCGUGUGUAGUAGUACAGUAGACUAGAAACUGCUGCAGGAGAGAUUACUAUUUUGGUACAAAGUCACAAUGAGUGCACGCGGUGAAGAAGCCGGGGAGAGUUCAGGGACCGGGACCCAGGAGCAGGAGCCAGCGGCGGCUGCAGAGGCUCCGGCCAAGCGCAGACCGGGCAGACCGAGGAAGCCUGUUAAGGAACCUACUGGAGAGCCCGUCCCUAAACGACCAAGGGGUCGUCCCAGAGGCAGCAAGAACAAAUGCCCCUCCAAGGCAGCCGCCAGGGCAGCAGUCUACAGCAGCUUCCUUCUAUGAGCCAACAGGCAGCAGUCUACAGCAGCUUCCUUCUAUGAGCCAACAGGCAGCAGUCUACAGCAGCUUCCUUCUAUGAGCCAACAGGCAGCAGUCUACAGCAGCUUCCUUCUAUGAGCCAACAGGCAGCAGUGGUCACCAACAUUUUUCUGAGCCCAGGUCACUUUCUGAGUCAAAACGCAAGCCGAUGAUCUACCGCUGAGAUUUUUUUAUAAACAUGACUUAAAAAAACAUCAUUUUAUUUAUUUAUUUCAUUUCACCUUAAUUUAACC